UUUAUGUGGUUCAGUUAUAUUCCUUGGUAGGAUACAACCAACUCCUUCUAACUGCAUAAACGACUUAUUUUCUCAAAGGAGAAAGGGUUAUCCCACAAAACAAAACUUAAUCAUUUUCAUUCAUAACCUUUCUCUUCAAUCCCCUUUUGAUUCUGCCGUAUACUUUCUUCGUUCUAACAUAUUUGUACUUUUUCUCCCUUUUCCUCCUGGUUAUAGUUUCUCCUUCUUCCCUUUUAAUACUCAUCAGUUUUAUACUCUAUGGUUAAGUGCAAAUUUGCUUACUGGCCAAGUUACCAAUCUGUUCUAGAACCAUAUAACAAAUCCACAAAACCCAUUAAGUUAAUUAGAAAAAUUGAAGAAUGAAUUAUAUAUAUCCAGUGAAAGAAGAAUGCUUGGAAUCAUCACUACCACCAUCAUCAUCAUCAUAUCAGUUAGGUAAUGAGUAUCCACCAAAGCCCAUUGAGGGACUUCAUGACGCUGGACCACCACCAUUCCUCACAAAAACUUUUGAUGUUGUUGAUGACCCAGUUACCAACCACGUAAUUUCUUGGAGCAGAGACGGCACAAGCUUUGUGGUCUGGGAUCCGCAUACCUUCUCUGCAAUUCUCCUUCCCAGAUACUUCAAGCACAGCAAUUUCUCAAGCUUUGUCAGGCAACUAAACACUUACGGUUUUAGGAAAAUUGAUCCAGAUAGAUGGCAGUUUGCAAACGAAGGAUUCAUCAGAGGGCAUAAGCAUUUGUUAAAAAGCAUAAGGAGAAGGAAGACACCUUCCCAACUAACACAAAGUCACAGUGUUGAAGUUGGACGUUUUGAAUUAGACAAAGAGGUUGAUCGUUUGAAGCACGACAAGAUAGUGUUGAUGAUGGAGCUUAUGAAUCUAAGACAGCAGCAGCAGAAAGCCAGAAUGUGCAUUAAGGAGAUGGAGCAAAGGUUACAAGUGACUGAAUUCAAGCAGAAACAUAUGAUGGCUUUCUUAGCUAGAGCAAUAAAAAAUCCUGCCUUCAUACACCAACUCCAAAAGAAAGAGAAGAGAAAGGAUCUUGAAGAAGCCUUGACUAAAAAGAGAAGACAAAUUGAGCAAGGAGUUAGAGGUAUUGGAGAAUCAAGUAGUAGGGGUGAAGGAAGGAGCAGUGUUAAAGUUGAGGCCUUGGAAUUUGCGGGGUGCGAUUGUGAUUUUGGAGUGUCAGAGUUAGAAAAGUUAGCUAUGGAAAUGCAGGGAUGUGGAAAGGGUAGGAUAGACCGGGAGGUAGAAGAACCUGAGGCACUAGAAUCACAAGAGAGACUGGAUAGAGUACUUGAUGAAGAGUUUUGGGAAGAACUGAUGUUCAGUGAGAAAUUUGAUGGUCGAUUUGACAUUCCAACUGCUGAAGAUAACGAUGAAGAUGUUGUCAACAUAUUGGCCAAUGAACUUGGUUGCUUGGAUUCAAGUCAUUAAAUGAACCACUGAAUCAUUUAACCUUUUCAUUUUGUUCACUAGGUUCAAGACUUCAACUAAGUCUAGUAUAAAGGAAGCGCAUAUGGGGCAGCCUAAUUGGCAAGACAGUAAAUUACAAGAAGGGAAAUAGUAUUAUCUUUGGUGUUUCUAUUCUAACUUCAUUACAUGUCCUUUUGUAGCACUUGGUAAAACCCCAUAUUCUCACUUUUCUCAUUGUAAUUGUUUGAUGAGGUAGGUUGCUGAUGGCGCUUGGACAAGAGUCUUUGGUAGUGAUAGCAGUCACUACAUAUACCCAAUUAAGGUUCAGUUUUUUAAACCCCUUUCAAACACUAUGUUUGUGUCAACCCAGAUAUGUCGACUGCUUGUUGUAAUUAUUCUUUACCUCAAUGAAUGUAGAUUAAUCAGAAGAUGUAGAAUGGACAAGAAAUAGCUGUUCUCCAACAAUAGUAACUGAGGAUCACGAAGCAGGUUAAGGUUGUCGCUUUGAUUUUGUUCUCCCUCCUAAAAUUUUUGUGUAUAUCCUUAGAGAAAGAACACGUAAUGGAUGAUGUCACUCAUGUACUAUCUACUUGGGUUUCAUCAUCAUCACAUGUUCAUGAUUUGCCGUCUUCAAGAUGAGUAGCGUUAAACAUGUUCAA